UUUCCGCUUCUCUAAACUAUUCCUAAUCAACAACCAACAACCUUGAAGCAUAAGGGUCCAUGCUUUCUUUUUUUUUUGUAUUUUUUUAUUUCCUAUUUCUUUCGUUUACAAGUCAAGAAGAAAGAAGUCAUUCUCCUUGUUUCUUUCAAAGUUGCAGAGUUUUGUAGAGACUUUGUCUGGCUAGCUCUCGCAGGAAUUUGCUUAAUCCCAACUGAACAGAGCAAGUGAAUUGAAGGGGCUGGCAUGGUUCUAAAUAUUGAAGAUGCCAGUCAAUUAAUGGAGAGAUAGAACACUACAAGGGUUCCCUGGAUCAUCAAUUUAAGAUGGAGAAAAUAGUGAAUGAUGAAGUAAUUAGUGUCAAAGUGAGCAAAUUAUCUAUAACUUCCAUAAAUGAAAUGGAAGAAAAUCAGCCAAAAAAGCUGCAAAUUUCUUCAGUUGAAAGACCCAUUAGAUGUUUGAAGAAAAAGCUUCUUGUUCUUGAUGUGAAUGGGCUUCUAGUAGACAUAGUCUCUCCCCCUCCAAAGCAUAAAAAAGCAGAUGCAACCAUAGCAAGGAAAGCAAUAUUCAAGAGGCCUUAUUAUCUUGAGUUUCUUAACUUCUGUUUCGAGAAUUUUGAAGUGGGUGUGUGGUCUUCCAGAACCCAGAAAAAUGUCGACAAUGUCAUUGAUUAUUUGAUGGGAAACAUGAAACAGAGGUUGCUGUUUUGUUGGUCUUAUAGAUGCUUACAUGGAAUAUCAUUUUAUCAAGCAAAGGGCCAUUCUUAUUGUACUGAAACAAGUUUCAAAACUCUUGAAAACAAGCACAAGACUUUGGUUUUCAAGGAUUUGAGGAAAAUUUGGGAGAAUUCUGAUCCUAGUGCUCAGUGGGAGAAGGGAUAUUAUAAUGAAUCAAAUACAUUACUAUUGGAUGAUUCUCCCUACAAAGCAUUGCUUAAUCCUCCACGCACCUCAGUCUUUCCGCAUACAUACAAAUUUGAGAAUCAGAACGACAAUUCACUAGCGGUUGAAGGCGAUAUGCGGCAAUAUCUAGAAGGUUUGGCAAAUGCUGACAAUAUGCAAAAGUAUGUUGAGGAACACCCAAUUGGUCAGGAAAGCAUCAGGGAAAGCAGUGAAUUUUGGAGCUUUUACCUUCAGGUUAUUGAUAGUGUUUCAGCCUCUUCUCAACCUAAAUGGUGAAAAUGUCAACUUGAAUAUCAAUGUACACAAUCCAAGGUAUAUAGUUGUUCCAAAAGAAAAGUAGCGAUAUGGAAGGAUUUUUUUGUUUUGUUUUGAAAACUACAUGUCAUCUUUGAUGGAUUUGUAUCCUCUUAUUAUAAUACAUUUUUGUGUUUUACAA